GAAUUAAAUGAUGAGGAGUUAAUGCUUUGCCCAGCCGUUAUAGGUUGCUAUGACUUGAGAAAUAAGAACAAAUAUCUUGUUAGUGUUAAUAAUCUACAAGAGGUCAAUUGGAACAAGGAUGUGAUGAAUCAUCUCGUCAUGGACAAAAGGAAAAAAAAUAUGCUUGAGGGCCUUGUUCGUCAUCACUCCGAUCGGGAUCUUCGCCAUAAUACAGGAGACCUUAUUGCUGGCAAGGGACAAGGCCUUGUUAUUCUCCUUCAUGGGCCACCAGGUGUUGGCAAGACGUUGACCGCCGAGUCGAUUGCCGAGGCUGUACAAAAACCUCUUGUUGCAAUGAGCAUUGGGGAGAUGGUAUGGGACGAGACGCAACUCCAAGAACGGCUAAAAUCUGAGUUCCAACGAGCCAUAGACUGGAACGCGGUUCUCCUCUUGGAUGAAGCCGACGUGGUGCUCGAAGCUCGAUCAUUUGAAGAUGUGCGAAGAAACGGCAUUGUUUCUAUCUUUCUCAGAGAGCUAGAGUAUUACCAAGGAAUAUUGUUUCUCACUACGAAUAGAGUUAGCACUAUGGACACCGCGUUUCAGUCUCGCAUUCAAAUCGGCAUCAGCUUUAGCAGCAUGUCGUCCGACACUCGGGCAAAAGUCUGGACUCAAUUACUUACACUGAAUGGUAGAGACAAGCUUAUUGGACUGGAAGGACUCAAGAAGGUCCAGGACGAAUUGAGUAAAUACGAAUUGAAUGGCCGGCAAAUUAGAAAUGUUCUGAAUGUUGCAGAGGGUCUUGCAUUCCAAGAACCAGGUGCAAAAAAAGAUAAGCUGACAUAUGAACACAUUGAGGAAGCCGUGAGAGCAGCGACAGAAUUC